AUGGAUAUAUUUGUUCCGUUGCGAUAUGGGCUGUCUGAUUUGGACGAAAUCAAAGAAUCUCAUGCAAAGAGAAAAUUUAUUCUCUUCGAUGAAUUGAUUAAUUUAUUUGUAUUAAUCAAUGAUGACCCAAGCGGUUCUGAAUCACUGAUUAGAAUAGAUAAAUUUGUAGUUUAUAUUAAUGAUAAUAAAUUGACUUCGGUAGAAUUUGAUAAUUGUUUUACCUCCAUUGAUCAAUCCAAGGGCUUAUAUAAAUUAAAUGAAAAUUUUGUGGAAAAUGUAUUGUUUAGAUCAUCUGUUGUCAUGAAUAAUGGUCAUAACAAUAUAAUAUCGUUUAAAUUUUAUUGUUCUGGUGAUCCUGCCAUCAAUGCAUCGGGUUCCAUUUCCAAGCAUGAGGAUAAUGAAAUUUAUUUAGAAUCGUUUAAUGAAGUAAUAUCUUGGAAUUCUAGUAAUCAUCGAAAUAGUACAAGAGAUGUUACCUCUUCAAAUUCAACUGGUUUGGCUAAUAAAAAUAAAAACAAUGAGAAUAAGUCAGGGAAGAGAUUUAUAUUUAAAUAUCCGAUAUAUACUUCUUUGAAUAUGAGAAUAAGAAAUACAAAUAUUAAAGACACUGACAAUAUUGUUCUAAUUUCAUUAGACUUUCAAAAUUCAAAACAAUUGACUCAACUGGUUGAUACUUUUUACAAAAACCUUUCAGUAUCUGGGGAUUCCACAGAAGAUAAUUUCCAUUUAGAAUUUAAUGAAAUUUCAUUAUUUAUGAUUAACAAUCAUAACUCAGACGAUUAUACCUUUUCAAAAACUGAUUUCCACACCACACAAGGCAGUUACAGCAAAUUUAAAGAUAUAUUAAACACAGAGAUUUCGCCGGUAGAAUCAUUGCAAUUCCCAUUAAUAAUUCAUGAUAAGGACAGUUACAGCAUUAUUUAUAAACUUCCAUUUUUCCCAGAGGAUAUUAAAAAUGAUAAAAUAAGAUGUAAAGUUAAAGUAAAUUUACAAUAUUCACUUUGUUUGAAAGAUGAGGAAAACUCAAAAUUUAGCAUAAACACAUCAUGGCAAACAGAUUUAACCAUGAAAAAACAACCCUUAUCAAAUUCAAAUUUGAUAGUCAAUAAUACAAGCAACUCAUCGUUGAUUAAUGUUUCAACUCCAAGAUUGAACGGUGGGAGAUUCUUUAUGAACACAACACCGAUGUUAGUGAACAACAAGAUGAAUAACAUAAAAUUUAAAUUCUUAAAGAAUAACAUUGUCGUUGAAAAGGGACAGCGGUUUGAUACUAGUUUGCAGAUAAUUAAUAGUUCUCAGUAUCCCUUAGAUCUGGUGGUCUACUACAACAAUAAUUCAAACGUCACCAACACUAAACAAGAUCUAUUCAAAACAACUUCGGCUUCGAUAAUUUCAAAGGCAAGGUUAAACCGUAAUACAGAAGGUAUCAUCCUGUUAUCUAACGAUUACAAGAUACCAUUGAUUCUUCCUAACGAGACGUAUUUGGUUACUUUAGAAUUUAUGCCUAUAUUAUCAGGUUUUUAUAACAAUUUACAAGGACUUAAGAUACUAGACUUGGAAUCGAAUGAACUAAUAGACGUUGGAAAUUCCAUUUCAAUCCUGGUACAAUAG